AUGAAUCCUCCUCUUGAACUCUUCGUCCUCUCAUGGGGUGUUUACCCGCGCCGAGUUCUCAUCUACCUUGCCGAAAAAGGCCUUCUCAACUCACCUCUCAUCAAGAUCACUGAAGUGACGGUCGACAACGGAAAGCUAUUUGCUCCUGGAAAACCAAGCGGUACAGCUCCCGUGCUACGACUUCCUGACGGGUCAUUCAUCAAGCAAUCGGUCGCGAUCCUCGGGUACUUUGAAGAUACUUGCCAGCAUCCCAAAGAGGAUUGGGAAGUUGAACUGGUCAAGAACGCCAACGGCAGUAUGCUCGGAGACACGGCGGCAGAAAGAGGCCGAGUUCGAGACAUGUUGUCUCUCGCAGACGAAAUCACCAGCCAGUUCGGUUUUGCUUGUCAUAAAGGCUCUGUGUUGUUCCAGACAGUCGAGGAAACGCAUCCUAUCACCGCAAAACUUAUUCUUGAGUAUUGCUACAAGAACUUGAGACUGUUAGACAAGUACUACGAAGAUGAUGGACGUUUGAGACGUAGCAGCGAUGAUGAUAGGGCUAAUAUCGCCGAUUGCGUGUUGUAUUCGGUCUUGCACUUUGCCAAAGACUUGUACCGUUUGGACCUUCUGUCCGAUCCUGAGUUGGUCAACUUGCGAGCUUUUUACGAAUGGUUUGGGAAGAGGGAGAGUGUUCAGGUGGAUGAUGACCAUUUCCCAGGGUGGAUUCAAGAACUAGCUAGCCAGUGGCUUGCUGUAGAAUAA